AUGGGUAUUAUUGAUAUGCCAGCUUAUACUGACUAUUGGUCAAAAUUCCUGAGGUUCGAUAAAAUAGCAGAUGUAAUGAGCUUAAAGCGUUACGAACAAAUCCGACGAUAUCUUCAUUUUGCAGACAAUGAAAUGGACGAUGGUGAUCGAUACUAUAAAAUCAGACCAUUUCUUGAAAGAGUCCGUCUUAAUUGCUUAAAAGUCGAAGAGGAAAACCAUUUCAGCAUUGAUGAAAUGAUGGUACCCUAUAAAGGCACAAGAGCGGGCUCAAGAAAGCAAUUUGUUAAAAAUAAACCUCGCAGAUGGGGGUAUAAGGUAUUCGUUCGAGCAGGAAUGACUGGAUUAGUGUAUGACUUUUUGAUUUAUGGAGGGGAAGACACUUUUCGCUACCAUGCCUUUACUGAAGAGGAAGACUGUAUGGGUUUAGGUGCAAAAGUUGUUAUAGCACUAUCACAGAGUAUUCAGCUGCCUGCUUGUAAAGUAUUAUACUUCGACAACUUCUUUACGUCGUUAGAAUUGAUUCACCAUAUGAGGAACGAGUAUGGGAUUUUCAGUUUAGGUACUAUAAGGUCGAAUCGUUUGCGUGAAGCCAACAAAAAAUUACCCACUGAUAAGAAUCUAAAGAAAAAAGGACGUGGUGCUCAUGCUCAAGUAGUCUCAAAUGAAAGCAAUAUUGCAAUAGUCAAAUGGUUUGAUAAUAAAUGUGUCACUGCAGCUAGUUCCUAUGUGGACGCUCAUCCGAGUCAUAAUGUUUUGCGAUACAACAAAGCGACCAAAACCAGGCAACAAGGCGCUAACAAGAACUCCAGGAGGGAAAAAGAAAUUCUUGACUCCCGAUUGUCAAAUUGA